AUGAUCAUCACCACGGAUGGCGGCUUUGAGAGACAGGGUCUUGCCACAGAGCUUACUAAUGCCAGUGCCUCCAGUCUCCCAGCCUUGGAAGACUAUGACAGAGUGAGAGGUGAAGCCCACAACAGCUCCGGGUUGCCUCCCUUCACGUUGACAGGACUGCCAGGGCUGGAGACCUCCCAGCACUGGCUGUUCCUGCUCCUCAGUGUCCUCUAUAAUGUCUCCAUAGCCGGCAAUGCUCUGAUCCUGUUCAUCAUCAGGGAGGAACAGAGUCUGCAUCAGCCCAUGUACUACUUCCUGUCUCUGCUGUCAGUCAAUGACCUGGGCGUGUCUUUCUCCACACUGCCCACAGUCCUGGCUGUGUUUUGCUUCCACUUAAGGGAAAUAAGUUUUAAUUCUUGCCUGUCCCAGAUGUUCUUUAUCCACCUCUUCUCUUUCUUGGAGUCUGGGAUUCUGCUGGCCAUGAGCUUUGAUCGCUAUGUAGCCAUCUGUAACCCCCUGCGCUACUCCACAGUGCUCACCGAUGCCCGGGUGAUGUGGAUGGGCUUGUGUGUGUUCCUUCGAAGUUUCUGCAUGGUUUUCCCCUUACCAUUCCUUCUGAAGAGGCUGCCCUUCUGCAAGGCUAAUGUGCUUUCCCAUGCCUACUGCCUGCAUCCAGAUCUGAUUCGCCUGCCCUGUGGUGACAUUACUAUUAAUAAUGUAUUUGGUCUGUUCAUAGUCAGCUCCACUUUUGGGCUGGAUUCUGCGCUUAUUCUCCUCUCCUAUGCUCUCAUACUUCGCUCUGUGCUGGCCAUCGCCUCCCGGGACGAAAGGCUGAAGACCUGGAACACGUGUGUGUCACACCUGUGUGCUGUGCUCAUCUUCUAUGUGCCCAUGGUAGGUGUGUCCAUGGCUGCCCGCUACGGCAGGCGUGCCCCACGAUUUGUGCAUACGCUCCUGUCGCUCGUUUAUCUCUUUGUACCUCCAAUGCUCAACCCUGUCAUCUAUUCCAUCAAAACCAAGGAGAUUCGGCGGAGGCUUUGCAAAAUCCUGUUGGGGGACAAAGUUUUGAGUUGGAGAAUAUUGUAA